AUGAAUAUUAUGCUUCUAACACUAAUAGCAAGUAUCUUCGCCGCCAAAGAUUCGUCAAAAAGUGCUCGUCGUACUUAUCUUGUUACAAACAGUUUCAAUUUAUUUAAAAUCAAUGAAUUUUCAGUAUUCAUAUCAGAAAAAAAUUUAGUAUAUAAUAUUAAAUCCGAUUUAGGUUUUCCAAGAAAAUUAGACAUUAUUGAUGUUUCAACUAAUCAAAUUAUUUGUCGCUUGAAAAAUGUAUCCGAUCGUCACCGUCUACAAAACGAUGCAAAUUUUACAAUUCUUAAUUCGACUUCUAACGAAUGGAUUUCUGGAAGAAUUAUAAGAUCAAUUUCUUUUUUGGGUGCUAAAUACUUCAUAAAAUGGGAUGGAUAUAAUAUUUUAAUGAAAACAAAAUUUGGUUCAUUUUUAACAACAACAUUCGAAUAUGAAAAUUAUAGUAGUAUUUUGGCAAAAUCUAAAAAACGAAUUUCUUCACUUAUGGGGACAGCUAAAUACGAUUUACAAAUAUUUUCUGAUGAUGUACCAGAUAUGAUUUAUUUCAUUGGAGUCGUAAUAAAAGAUCUCGACACCACCUUCAGACCUAACGGAUGA